AUGCCUGCAACUCCGUUUUCCACCAUCCAAAAGAACACCACCGAAAACUCCAUCUUCAUCGUAGGCGGGGGCAUUGUCGGUUCAUCUCUAGCAUACUAUCUCAGCAAAUCUGCCACUGCCCAAAAUGGGAUUCCCAAGAUCGUGGUUUUGGAGAAAUCUCUCGGGUCCCUGUUAGGCUCAACCAACUACGCCCCAGGAUUUGUGGGACAGUACAACGACUCUGCCAUAGAAACCAAGUUGGCAAUGGACAGUGUGCGGGAAUACCUUACCGUCCCCAAUGGGUUUGAUGUCGUAGGGGGUAUGGAGUUGGCAGCUACGGAACCUGGUGUGGGACGGUUAAAGCGACGGUGUGCCGAUGCGUUAGCAGCGGGUUUACCAUCUGAGAUGAUUACCGUGGAGAAAGCAGCAGCGCUGGCGCCUGAUUUCGUCAAGACGGAUACCACCAAGGCUGCGUUACAUUUUGCCUCUGAUGGGACUGCAAACCCGAAGAUUAUUACGGCAUACUUUCGCCAAAAGGCCGCGGAAAACGGCGCUUUCUUUGUCCAAGCUGGUGUGACAGGUUUGGAAGUGGGAGAUCAUGGAGCGAUCAAAACGAUCUCAACAUCUGAAGGACCCUUAAAUGUCUGCUCUACGAGCCGCAUCGUUCUCGCGACGGGAAUAUGGACGCGCUUUUUACUAAAUGACGCCUCAUCCGCGUCAUCGUCUGGCAACCCUAUAACUAAAUCGCCCAUUCCCAUCACCCCCGUCGCGCAUCCAUACACUUUCACCCCUACCCGGGCACCCAGACAGGGCCCUCCUUAUCCAUUCGUCCGCUGGCCUGAACGAACGGUUUACGCGCGCGAUCACGGCACAAACGACGGGAUGGGCACUUACGACCACCCACCAAUUCAAAUCACCGACCCUUUCAACUCCGCGUUGGGCAGCUGGCCUAAAACGUUCGAAAUUGCGCUUGCGGAGGGGGCCAGAACAUGUCUGAAAAACGGCGAGCUGUUCCAGACGACGGAUGGAUGCACUGACGAGGAGAUCGCUACGGAAAAGAAGAGGCCGUUCAAUGGUAUAUUCUCGGUCACGCCGGACAAUCUACCCUUGGCGGGGAAGGUGGGGGAUGUGCAGAACCUGUGGCUCUGCGCUGCUGUGUGGGUAUCUCAUGCAGCUGGUGUUGCGUCGAUUCUUGCGCGGGAAAUUCUCCGGCGGUACGAUGAGAGUGGUGAGGUUAGUGGCGAUGACGAGGUUGUGCUCAAGGCUCUUGAUCCGAAUAGGUUUUUGGGUCGGGAGAUGGAAGAAUUGACGAGGAUGGCAUUGGGGAGAUAUAAUGAUAUUUAUAAUAGUCAGCCAUUGUGA